UUGAUUUGUUUGAUAUAGUUAGCAUUGUGGCUGUUUCUCUGUGUAGGACCCCCCUGCUGCUGGUAGUGGGUACUGCUCAGGGCACUUCCUUGUUCAAAAGUUUUAUUUAGAGGAAGGCUUGGGGGCAGAAGUUGGACACUUGACUGGGUGUUAUUAUUAUUCUUGCUGUCAGCGGUAGAGCGAUGGAGUUACGGCGCAUAUUUUCCUUUAAUUAGCGUGUAGCCACCACCGCCGCUUGGUUAAUGGAUGAAAUAAUCACAGGCUUACAGCAGUGAAAGGCUCCAGAAAGAGGAAGAUGUCCACGGCUAGCAUUAGCGAAGACAUCCGAGGGAAGUUUCCCCUUCAUGCCGCAGUUUGGGAGAACGACUACAGGAAACUGGAACAACAAAUACGAUCACAGCAGGAUGACAUCGAGGCUGUUGACCCCAGGGGUCGGACACCUUUGCACCUGGCUGUGUCACUUGGACACCUGGAGUUAGUCCGAGUUCUCUUGAGACACGGUGCUUCGGUGACUAAAGAAAAUGCCAAGAAUUGGACAGUGCUGCAGGAGGCCGUCAGCACUGGAGACCCUGAGAUGGUUCAGUUAGUGCUUCAGCGUAGAGACUACCUCAAAGCCUCCACUGCUCUGGGAGGAGUGCCUGAGCUGCUUUUGAAGAUCAAGGAGUCUCCAGAUUUCUAUAUGGAAAUGAAGUGGGAAUUCACCAGCUGGAUCCCUCUUCUGUCCCGGAUAUGUCCAAGUGACGUUUGCCGCAUUUGGAAAAGCGGUGCCUGCCUGCGAGUGGACGCUACCCUUCUGGGGUUCGACAAUAUGACCUGGAUCAGAGGGCGUAGGAGUUACAUCUUCAAAGGAGAUGAUUCCCAUGCCGAGCUGAUGGAGGUCAACCAUGAUGAUGGGGUAGUUGACACAGAACGCUUCAACAUAUCCCAAGAAAUUGAAGACGUCACUUUAGAGUCAAUGCAGCCAGCAGAACAGGAAGUUGCCAAAAGGUUGACAACCCCUAUUGUCAACACCUACUUAGACACAAAGGAUAUAGCUUUUGAAAGAUGCAAAUCUGGGAUUUUGGGCUGGAGAACUGACAAAACAGAAGUGGUUAAUGGAUUUGAAGCAAAGGUUUUUAGUGUGAACAAUGUAAAUGUGGUCAUCAGAACGAGGACAGAGCAUUUAACUGAUGAAGAGAAAGCCAGGAUUAAAAGUGAAAGGAAUGUUUUGGAGUCUUUGCUGGGAACCGUGGAGCAGCACAUAAGUGCUCAGGGGAACUUGACUCUGGAGUACGCCACAGCCACCAACCCCACCGCAAUCACUCCAGAGGAAUAUUUCAAUCCCGACUUCGACCUGGGUAACAGAGACAUCGGCCGUCCCAUUGAACUGACUAUUCGAACGCAAAAGUUCAAAGGGACACUGUGGAUGAGUGAGGAGCAUCCUCUGUCUCUGGUGGAGCAGGUGACCCCCAUCAUUGACCUCAUGGCUCGAACCAGUUCCCAUUUUGCACGAUUAAGAGACUUUGUAACCCUGAAGUUCCCCCCCGGAUUUCCGGUUAAAAUAGAGAUUCCCCUGUUUCAUGUGCUGAAUGCCAGGAUUACCUUUGGCAACGUGAACAAAUGUUGCACCGAAGAGGAGGCAGCAGCCACGCCGUCCUCGGAAGAAUGUGAAGCAGCCACCGCUCCAACUCCAUUCCAGGUCUCUCCCUCUGUGUUUGAGGUACCUCCCAACUAUCUCCGGAGAGGGGGCAGCCGCCAUACGCCCAUAUCCAACAAUGACGACGAGCUUCUGCAGUAUGCCAUCCAUCAGAGCCUCCUCGACUCUCAGAGAGGCUCAGGCCAGGAGGAGAGCUGGAGUGAUGCUAAUGGGGGAUUUCCAAAUGCAAUGACUGGCAGCCAGAGUGAUGGUAUCCCAGAGGGGGUGCUGGUGGAGUUUGGAGACAGCGUCAGCCCGGCUAGCUCUCCCUCUGCUUCCAGCCAAGACUCAGAGCUCCGCCUGGCCAUGGAGCUCUCUGCUCGAGCUCAAGAAGAGGAGGAGAAGAUGAGGCAACAGGAGGAAGAGGAGCUGGAACGGAUAUUGCAGCUGUCACUCACUGAGAAGUGAAAAGAAAAAAAAAAAAGAGGGAAUUUUAAGCAACCACCACACCUCAGUCUUCCCUUCCUAACCUUUCUAACUCCACCUAUGCAAA